GGUAUGAUACAGAACACCCGUGUUAUAACGACAUCCGUUGCCCGCCACGCGAGCAUAAAUUAGUUACUUUCCUUCGAGUAUACCAUGCACUGACCUGUACCAGUUUUAAAACAUUGGCCGUCUGCCCGUCGCCUCUUGCCGAUGUUUAGUGUUACUUGAUACAAAUCUUACACAAUUUGAAGCUUUAAGCUUAUGACGUCUUCGCCGAUUCGUUCAAUAACCACAUUUUGGUUUAGGCUCGAGGGCACGCGGACGACUGGUUUGCCACGCGAUCGGUAGCCCAAUUUGUAACGUAUUGUGUUUUGGAUAAACCAACAGAAUAAGUAGUUCGGAUAACAGGGUGUUAUUAUGAUCUGGUUAGUUGUCGCAAUCAGUUUUCUCGCCGCUGCAGAUGCGGACACUGCAUGUACCAAUACUGGAGGCGAAUGUUUAGAAUGGCCCAUUACGAAAUGUUUGGCUUCCUGGAAGAGUGGUUUAUGUCUUGGUGGGGUGGAUAGAAGAUGUUGCGCAAUGUGUGAUGCAGCAUGUUUGGCUACGGAACAGGUUUGGAGACUGGGGGAUGCCUUGUGUACAGCAUCGGAGGGAGAAUGUAAAAAUAUAGGAAAUUCGUGUGAUGGAGAAUACGUAGCUGGAAAAUGUGGCGGACCAACCUCAAGAAAAUGUUGUGAGCCUGCGAGACCACCAACCACACCGGUUACACCAAUAGCUGGAGAUUGUCCUUUGGUAAAAUACAAGACAAAGAAAGUAAUUGGAUUGAACGACAGAAUGAUCGUAGUACAUCCAGAAUUCGUUCCAUCUAUGACACAAGUCCAUAGUUACGCAGUCAUAUGCGAUGUAGUGGUUCAUGUGAUACAUUCUUUCAAAAAGCGAAGGCCAAAUCUGGAUGGAAGCAUUCGACCUGCAAGGUUCAGCAAUUACCUCAUUGGGCACGCCAUUGCAUUCAAUUUAGCUACUCCUAUUGGAUGGUGCAACAUGAUUUGUUUAGAAGGGCAAAGAAACCCUUACGCCAACUGUUUGAUUAACAAUUUAAAACGAGCUGGACUUCGAUGGGGUGGCGACUGGACACCGAGCGACGCCGUGCAUAUUGACGAUGGUUACAACUCAGAUCGUCAACUUUUCAGGCAGAAGUUUCGUCUUGUGCAGAACGCGUGUGAUUACAUAUAAAAGAACUUGGAUUAACUAUUACUUGCUAAAGGAUAUGGUAUAAGUGUGUCAAAGCUAUUCUGUCCACAUCUUGCACAUGUUUUUAGCCUUUUCGUGCACAUUUACACUUAAACAGCACAGCACUUUUUACGUUUUAAUUUUCCCAUAUUAAGCAGCUUUACAUUUGAUUUUACACGCUACAUUGCUUGAAUUUUUAACGAUUCUCGGUCAAAACCUAAUUAGGUACAGUUUGACCCAAAAUAGGUGAAUAAUUUUUAAUCUUUUUACGCCAAAUGCGCUUUGCCUUUAUUGCUGUAGCAAAAACGAUACUGUCUGAUAAAACACGCAAAAUGUAA